CUGGCUGCCUGUUCUUGCCUUGGUGCUUCCUUAUCCUAGGCUUGCGUGCCUUGAGGUUAAAGAGAAAAGCAAGAUGUACACUGAGAUCACUAUUGAAAGGAUAAGGCUCUUUGUUGGUGCGUUUUGUGCUGAUAACAAAGGUUGCAUGCCUGCUUACAUCUCUCGGGUCAAAUAUUUGACUGGCACCUGCAAUAAGCUUCUAAGCAAUAUAAAGCUCAUGAAGGAAAGCACACAAUGGGAGAGACCUCCAUUCAAGUUCUUGCCACCCUACAAUAAAAUAUCAUGGGCAAAACUACAAGCAAUUGAAACAUCCAUAAAAGGCAUGCAUUUUGCCCUAGCCGCCUCCUCUCAAUCUCCCCACAAAACCCUAGACAACCAGCAUCUCAAAGAACAAAUAUCCUCCCUCAAAGACCAAACCAUCACCAGACUCAGAAUACAACCAAACAAAAACAUUGAAACCAAAAGCUCUCACUGUUCUCCCCUUCAUGUCACCCUCCAUGACCACCUCCCCUCCCUCUUCUUCCUCUUCUCCAUGAACAUCCUCCUCGACGUCAAAACCCUAAUUCCUCCGAAAACACCCAAAGACACCAAGAUUAGUACUAUUUGGACCAUGAACAUAACCACCGAAAAGGUCGUCAUCGCCUUAAAAUGCUCCCUUUGUAUAUCUCUUUCUGUCCUCUUUGGUAUCCUCUUCAGCAACGCCAACGGAUAUUGGUCGGGUCUAAUGGUGGCGACCGCUUUCACUCCGAACCGGGAGUCUACAUUCAAGUUGGCCACUGCUAGAGCUCAUGGCACUGCCCUAGGCUUCUUGCACCGAAGCCGAAUGUAUGACCAAGCGGGGGCCACCGCCGCCGCCGUCUCUGCCAUCAUACUUUUAGGGAGGAGAAACUACGGCUCACCUAUGAUAUUCUCUAUACAAAGGCUCACUGAGGCUUACAUUGGCUUGUGUUGCUCUAUACUCGUUGAGAUCGUUUUGCAACCGGUGAGGUCUUCGACUAUGGCGAGGGGCGAGCUUGGAGAGAGCUUGAGAUCGCUCGACGAGUGUGUCGAGUCAAUUAUAAACGUUGACGGGUUGAAGGAGCAAGAGAAGAAGCUUGUGAAGAGAGUGAGCGAGUUGAAGAAGCGCAUCGAAGAGGGUGAGCUGGAGCCCAACUUGUGGUUCUCGCCAUUUCCUGUUGCUUGUUACAAAAAGCUAUGCGAGUCCCUUUCCAAGAUCGGGGACCUCUUGUUCUUCUUUGAUCAUGGAAUGGAGACGUUGAGACGAGAGGGUUGUGAGAUUAAGGGGAGCGUCGAAGGAGACCUGAACAGGUUCAAGGAGUUGGUUGGCGGUUUGGUGAAGAGCCUAGAGGAGGUCAUUCUAGUAAAAUCACUUGAUAAGCUAGAAAAGGAGCUGAUGAAGAGCAAAGAUGGUCGUGAUGACGUUGAGGCUGCAGGAAGAAAAGGAUCAGGAGUAAGCCCGUGGGCCAACUGGAGCACUCUAAGCGUGGACGAGGAGGAGAUUGAGAAGGUCGUUUGUUGUUUUAUUCAGCAUUCAAGAGAAGCGGUGGAGGGGGUCGGCGUCAAGGAGGUGGAUGAUGAAGGGAGGAGCCGGUUGGUGCUUUGCUUCGGUGCGAUUGGCUUUUGCAUGGGAGAGUUGAUGAGGGAGAUGAGGGAGGUGGAGGAGGGGGGGGGUGGAGGAGGGGGUGCUUGA